GUCACAAAAACCAGAGUACGUUGGUCAUUGCACAUUUGGCGUGUGUGGUCGCCGUAAAAUGCUGCGGCGUCUUCCUCGCUUCCAAGGCACAACGCUGUCUCUGUCUCGAGCACGCGUUCAUCCGCGCUCGAAUAUAUGUUUCUCGCCUUCUCGAAGCUCCCAGCUGCUCUUCUCCACUCUGUCCGAUGCUAAAGACGAGAAGGAACAGAAUGUCGCUGCUCCAGCCAAAGCGGGCGAAAUCAAGCGGCUUCUAUCACUCUACAAGCCUGAGAAGAAGCCUCUAGCCAUCUCCAUCUCGGCGCUGGGCGUCUCCACGUUCAUCACCAUGUGUGUACCCUACGGAAUGGGCAAAGUAAUCGACGUGGUGACCGCUGGCUCGGCUGCUGCAAUGCCGCUACCCACCGUAGUGACGCUACUGGGCGGUCUCUUUGCUGCUGGGUCUAUCGCCAACAUCAUCCGCGUGGACACCAGCAACAUGAUCGGAGAGCGCAUCACCAACAGACUACGACAAGACACGUACGCGUCCAUCUUGAAGCAAGAAUUAGGCUUCUUUGACUCGUCCAGGACCGGAGAAUUGCUCAACAGACUGAGCGCAGACACGACGUUGAUCGGUAAAGUCCUGAGUGACAAUGUGGCAGGCGGACUACGCAGCACAGGCCAAGCUUUGGGCAGUAUCACGAUGAUCGUUGUCACGUGUCCCAAACUGGCGAUGGUAAUGUUAUCUGUCGUGCCGCCUAUUGCAAUUGGGGCAGUGAGUUAUGGUCGGUAUGUUAAGAAACUCACGACCAAAGUGCAGACCCAGUUGAGUGAGGCCACCGAAGUGGCUGAAGAGAAGCUCAGCAACAUCCGAGUGGUGCGUUGGUUCGCCAAGGAGCCACAUGAGGUGGAAACGCAUCGAGGAAAAGUGGACGAAGUGCUGGCGUUGGCUCGCAAACGCUCACUGGCUAGUGCCACAUUCUUUGGUGGAGUGGAUUUUGGUGUUAAAAUGAGUAUGCUGGGUGUUCUUGGUUACGGUGGACAAAUGGUAGCGGAUGGUUUGCUCACUAGUGGAGAUCUCACGUCGUUCCUACUGUAUACACUAUACGUGGGCUUCUCCUUCGCUGGUUUGUCGUCUUUUUACGCUGAGUUGAUGAAAGGAAUCGGAGCUUCGUCACGAGUUUUCGAGCUGCUGAACCGCCAGCCGAAAAUCCGAGUUCCUGAAGGAGGCUGGGCUUCGCUUCCUAUUCCGUUCACCGGUCAUGUUCAGUUCCAAGACGUAUCUUUUGCGUACCCUACACGUCCAGACUCGGAGAUUUUCAGUGGGCUUAACUUGGAAGUGCUGCCUAAUGAAACACUGGCUCUUGUUGGACCCAGCGGAUGUGGUAAAUCAUCGGUAACGUCGCUACUUGCGCGUUUCUACGACUUGGACGGACCUGGUUGUGGCGGAAAGAUUAUGCUGGAUGGAGCGGAUAUUUCGACAUUAAACCCGUCGGAGCUACGUGGACUUAUGGGUGCUGUUCCGCAGGAACCACCGCUGUUCGCGUGCUCGAUUCGGGAUAACAUUGCGUACGGUUGUUCUGAGGGACAAGAAGCGACGUUGGACGAUGUUAUCCGUGCAGCUAAAGUGGCUAACGCCCACGACUUUAUCAUGUCGUUCCCGGAUGGCUACGAUACGAUCGUAGGAGAGCGAGGCCAAGCGCUUUCAGGCGGCCAGAAGCAGCGUGUGGCCAUUGCACGAGCGCUUGUUAAGCGUCCUAAGAUCUUGAUCCUGGACGAAGCUACGUCAGCUCUGGACCCUGAAAGCGAGCGACUAGUGCAGGACGCCGUGGAUCGCGCCAAGCAAGGCCGCACUGUUAUUCUGGUGGCACAUCGUCUAUCUACCAUUAAGAGCGCCGACCGUAUUGCUGUGAUCUCCAACGGACGUGUUGUGGAACAGGGGACGUACAACGAACUGGCUGCUCGUGAGGACAGUACGUUUGCACAGGUGGUUCUCAACGGACAGAAGUGAAGAUUCGAGAGAUAGAAAGCAGAGUCAUUACCGCAGAAUGUUGCUACUAAGCUACCCUUCGAAUGCAGGUUUUCUGGGAGGAAAAUAUGGUUAAAAUCUGCUUUUUGACAAUGGAAAAUAGACACAACUUACACGGA